CUAUAGUUUUGCAUCCUGACAAAAUUGAUCAUUAAUUAUCUAUAUAUAAUUAUUAGCAAGUGCAUCAGUUCUGCAACUUAAUAAGUCUUUACUCUUAUGCAAUUUAAAGAUGUGUGUUACAUCUAUUGCAUUAACUCUGCUACUAGGGUGCUUAUUUAAAGCUGUCCAUAGUCAAGAGCUGAAAUAUGCUCUGUUUACUUCUGGACCUACAGGAGGUUUUGACUCAUCAGGAGCAGUCCCAGCCAUUGAGUUAGCAGAGGAGCUGAUUAAUGCUGACAGCUCCAUUCUACCUGGCUACAACCUCACUCACACACCUGUGGUGGACACAAUGUGUGAUAGAACUGUGUCGCUGAAUGAAUAUUUUGAUGCCAUUUCUCCACCCCAUCCGACUGUGCUUGGUCUCCUGGGCUGUGGCUGCUCAGUAGCCUCUACUCCUGUGGCAGAGAUCAUUCACCACAAUAGUAUCUCACAGAUUUCGUAUGCUUCAUCGCUGACUGAGUUGAGUAACAGAGAACGUUUCCCCAACUUUUUCCGUACCUACCCCUCUGACACAAUCUUCACUCCAGCCAUAGUCAGCCUCAUUCGAGAGUAUGGCUGGAAACGUAUUGCCUUCAUCACUCAAGAUGAGAGGUUGUUUACUGAGACAUUGACACAAGUGCAAGAUCCUUUAGAAGAAGCAGGAAUUGAGGUGGCCAACAGAAUGAUCUCAUCUCCACUCCCUAUAACUGGACUGAGUGCAAAUUUUUUUUUUGAAGACAAGGAUUAUAGAGUUUUCUUCAUCAAUACCUACUCAGCUAUUGGCAAACAAAUCAUUUGUGAGGCCUACCUAAGGGGGUACACUUAUCCCAAGUAUGCGUGGUUGACCUACGGCUGGUACCAGGACAGGUGGUGGACAGAGGAGGUGUACCCAGAGCUAACAAACUGCACUGACAACCAACUAGCAGAGUUCCUGCACAGAUCCAUCGCACUUCAGUUGCUGCCAAAUCUGAAUGAAUUGAAUGCUACAACUGAUACUGGAUUGACACCGAGGGAUUUUGAUUCUCGCUAUAAAAGAAAGCUUGGUACUCCACAAGCUCAAGACAACGACACGUUCAUCUUUUUGGCCACCAUAGCUUAUGAUGCCAUCUGGACAUUAGCUCUCGCGCUGAACAGGACCAAUGAGAUGGUUGGCAGUCUGACAAGAGAGGAGAUAUUGAACAUGACUCAGUGUGGAGGGACUGAUGAGGAGACUGGUGUAGAGUGGGAAGUGGUGUCACUGGAGAACUUCAUCUACUCCAAUCAGCUCAUGGGCUGCAUCAUCAGGUGGAACCUGGAGAGAACAAACUUCGUGGGAAUCUCUGGGCAAAUAAAUUUUGACAAUGAUGGAUCUCGAGUUGUUGAUAUUGUUGAAUUUUUCCAGUACCGUUUAAUAAACAAUGAUUUAUCAAUACUAUCUCGUGAAUAUUUCGGCUUCACCCAAAACAUCAAUGAAUCUCAGGCGGAAUUCUUUUACAAGAGUGGAAAGAGUAAUAUCACAACUUUUGAAGGAGGAGUCCCACCAGAUGGUACACCGGUACCUCAAUUUGUCACGUACCAUUUAGCUCUUGUGAUUCCCUAUUACAUCUUGGCAGUUGCUGGUCUUAUCUUCUGUACUGUGUGUCUGGUCUUUAAUUUUACACAAAGGAAAAAGAGAGUUGUCAAGAUAACCAGCCCCAACAUAAACUACUUUAUCAUUGCCGGAGCUUACUUUAAUUACAUUGGCAUCUUCUUCAGAGUCCUACCCAGCACGGAUUAUGAGUUGAAUGCAAUAAGGUGUUACGCUGAUUAUCUGUUGAAUACAAUCGGUUACUCCUUGGCUUUUUCAGCAAUCCUGGUCAAAAUGGGAAGAGUCUACUACAUUUUCCACAAUCCGUCACUUUCAAAAAAGACGUUGAAUGACUGGAAGCUGGUGCUACUGGUACUCAGUAUUUCUUCUGUUGGUGUAUUGCUGUCGGUCUUGCAAAUUUCUGUGCCCCAAUUACAACCAAAUCCAUAUCCAUUGAGCCUCACUGAGGACUCACAAGACAAAAGGCGAAAUGAGUUUGGAGAAAGGAUAAAUCAGAUGGUCUAUUACUGCAUUUCAGACACCAUUCAAACAAUCUAUGUGGCAGUGACACUUGUAUAUCUAGCAAUCCUUCAAAUCAUUGGAAUCAUCCUCGCUAUUCAAACACGCAAAGUCAAGAUCAAGUUGCUAAACGACUCCAAGUACAUUGCUGCAGUGAUAUACAUCUCAAGCAUUUCUCUGGUGCUCAUUGCAAUUGUCACAAUAGUGCCUGGAAUUUAUAUCAAUUUAAUUGAAGCCAUCUUCUCCGGGAGUCUCCUUGUGGCCACAACAUUCUCUCUAGGCCUAAUUUUCAUUCCUAAGAUGGUGAGUUUGUACAGAGACCCUGAGGGUGAGUAUGUGUUCAAUACAGCUGGCAAUACUCUGAAUACCAACGAAAUGAACCUAAACCUUGUCAGUGGAGAAGUGACAACUCAAAUGAGGGAGAGAAUUGUCGAGUUAGAGAAUCUUUUGAAAGAUUGUCAGAAUGGCGGUAAGUUGACCUGUCCAACUUGUUAUCCUGAGGACCAACCGAUUACCAUUGAUGCAAAUAGCUCCAGUGCACCUGCAGAUACAGGCUGCAGUGUCACUGUCAUCAAAACUGAACAAGUGGAAGAGUGCACCCCCUGUUGAAGAGACAGACACACUAUAGUCUAUAGUCUAUACUCCAAACACUUACUUUUUCUUGUGCAACCCAAAAUGAAUGUUAGAUACAGUG